UGUAAUCUGCCUUCCGGAGGGGAGGGGCCAUGUCCGAAUGUUUUUACGUCAGGAACAUUGACUUCACGGCACCGCGCCAUUUUAAUCGAAGAACAAGCGGAAUUGAACACAUUUACCACGCUACCCCACUAGGAUUAAAUGCCUGUGCGGCUCCCGUAAAUUCAUUCGAAUUGAUACAACUUUACGCAGAAAAGAGGAGCUGAACUACUUUAUUAAGAUCCAUACCCGAUUCUGGUGGAGGAAACUGGAUGGUUUGAGGUAAAAGAUGACGCAGUUUUUACCCCCGAACCUGCUGGCACUCUUUGCCCCGCGGGAUCCCAUUCCUUUUCUGGCCCAGCUAGAGAAGCUCCCCCAUGAGAAACACCACAACCAACCCUACAGCGGCAUAGCGCCGUUUAUAAGGCACUUCGAGGAUCCCAGAGAUGCCCCUCCACCAACAAGAGCAGAAACUCGUGAUGAGCGACUGGAGAGGAAGAGACGAGAGAAGAUUGAACGAAGACAAACAGUUGUGGAGACCGAACUCAAGCUUUGGGAUCCACACAAUGAUCCAAAUGCGCAGGGGGAUGCAUUCAAGACAUUGUUUGUUGCACGAGUGAACUACGAUACCACAGAGUCUAAGCUACGACGUGAAUUCGAAGUUUAUGGGCCUAUUAAACGGAUCUACAUAGUCUAUAACAAGAGGACGAGCAAGCCCAGAGGUUAUGCUUUCAUUGAGUACGAACACGAGCGGGACAUGCACUCUGCCUACAAGCACGCCGACGGGAAGAAGAUCGACGGGCGCCGGGUGCUCGUGGACGUGGAGCGCGGGCGCACGGUGAAGGGCUGGCAGCCGCGCAGGCUUGGUGGCGGUCUGGGCGGCACCCGGAGGGGCGGCGCCGACGUCAACAUCAAACACUCUGGCCGAGACGACGCGUCGCGCUACGACGAGGCGCGCCCCAUCGGAGGAGGGGAACGCCCCGAGCGAGGAGAGCGGGACCGCAGCGAGCGGCCGGAGCGGAGCCGGGAGCGUGGUGAGCGAGGGGGGGAGCGGGCCGAGCGCGGCGGCGGCGGCGGCCCCGGCGGCGCCGGAGGAGAGCGCGGCGGCGGCGGCGAGCGAGGAGGGGGCGGGGAGCGCGACAAGGAGCGCGGCGAGCGGCGCCGCUCCCGCUCCAGGGAGAGGCGCCGGCGCUCCCGCUCCCGGGACAGAGCUCCGGGGAUGGCGGCGCCCGGGGCGGCGGGGGCCCGGUGGAGGAGGUCCGGCGGGGGGCGGGAACCGGCGGCAGAGGACCGGGAGCGGGAGAGGGAAGAGGGCGGCGGCGGGGCCGGCGGCGGCGGCGGGGAGAGCAACAGCCGGGAGAGGAGCCGGGACGGGAGAGGAAGAGGCGUAGCCGCAGUCCGCGACCGCAAAGCGGGAAAGGAGGGCGGGGACCGGGGCAAGGGGGGCGGGACGGCGAUGGAGGGCGGGGCGCGGGGCCGUAUGCGGAGGGCGGCGCCGAGGAGGGGCGCGCGAGGAGGGCCGCCGGAGGAGGGCGAGGAGGGCGGGGAGGGCCGAGGAGCGCAGCAGGGAGCGGGACCGGGGCGACCGCGAGGGAGGGACCUGCCGGCGCAGCACCGGGACAAGGGCGACCGGGACCGGGACCGCGAGAGGCGCCGCGGCGACCGCGACCGCGACAGGGAGCACAAGAGGGACCGCGGCGACAGGGAGAGGGGCGGGCCGGAGCGCCGGGAGGACAGGCACUCCUCCAUGCUGUCCCGGGAUGAGAUGGGCCCCCAGGAGGAGGUGGGCAACGGGGCGGAGGAGGGCGAGGCCCCGCCGCCCAUGGAGGAGUACAGUCAGGACGGGAUGGACCGCGAGUCGAUGCAGUCGGGCGAAGGCUACGGCUCCAAUGAGAACGGCUACAAGAUGGAGCCUCAAGGGGAGGAGUACUGAGAUGGGCACCGUGGUCUUUGAUUACGUCAUAUGCAAUUCUCAAGUUGUGUGUGAUUGCUACUGUACUAAACUACAACCCCCCACAGCCUAGCCAGUGGGAAGUGUAAUUCGUAAGUACUUGAUGCCCUUCUUCAGGCCUGUGUUCGUCAUUUGGUUCUUCUAUAGAUUGGGAUUUGAACCCCAAAGCAGUGGCACAUCGACCAAAUGGCAGCAAUGUUGAGACGUGUCCAAAAAUAUUUGUAACCAAAUUUUUCUAAAGUGCGUUUUUCCUUUGUUUGCUCUUAAGAAAAGGAGUUAGGUAAACUAAG